AUCGUCGUAACAGCAGCUCAUGCACGCUCAUGUGCCCGUGUUAAUCCAUUUAUCCAUAUGAUUGAUAACGGAAUUCUCUCGCCGAAAGUCCUUCGCGUUCAACAAUACAUUACUGCGUGAAAAAACGAACGAUAAUAAUAAUUGCGGACGGGACGACGACAUCAAAGCGGAGAAAAUAAACCGGCGUUCUUGUUUUUCAAUAUCAUUUUUUAAUAUUUUUGUUUCGGUUUUUUAUAUUUCACAUUUCUCGACGCCCCGCAUCGCGAUAUCGGUAGCUCGACCGUUUCGCCGGUACGCUCCGGCACUGGAUUUUGGCUCGCAACACCCGGGCGACUGCACCAUGACCGGUGAACUACGCCGCUGCCACCCCCGUGUCCACCUGCAGCAUCUGCUCGCCGUCGCACUCCACCAACACCACGCUGUAGACCCGAUCCGCCGCCACCGUCGCCAUCAUUGAAUCUUGUUAAAUUCAUUAUAGAUUGUUGUUUGGUGUUAUUCUGUUCAUAAUAUUUCUUCCAGAAGCGAAAUAAGUCGAGGCAACAUUCGCUGGGAACCAAAACAGCACGACUGCGGCCACCUGAGAAGACACUUAAAACUGCGGUGACAAAACAAUAAUAUAUAAGUGCCUAAUGCCCAUAAAAUCUACAAUAUUCAUAAACCACUAGGAUCACGUAUGUCGAACCGAAUCGGAUAGCAGCAGCUAAAUCGUCCUCAACCGCCGCGUUCCACCACCAACCGCAGCAGCAAAUCGUCGUUAUGCCUCCACCUCCAACCAUGCAGACGACUUCGCCACCGACACCGUCAACUCAGGCCACACAAACGUCCCAAAUGGUACAAGUCAAAAGUGGUAGUCAGUCUUUACCCGCCAACAUGAUACCAGUGACGAAACGCAAUCCAAAAGAUUACAUUUUCGGAAAGGUCAUCGGCGAGGGAAGUUACUCGACUGUGUAUUUGGCCAAAGACAUACAUACAAAUCGUGAACAUGCAAUUAAAGUAUGCGAAAAACAACAAAUUAUCAGAGAAAAGAAACGUGAACAAGUACGUCGCGAAAAAGAUGCCCUUAAUAUUCUUAGCAAUUCUGGAUCCAGUCUUUUCGUCAAGCUGUACUGCACGUUCCAAGACGCCGAACGACUCUACUUUGUUAUGUCAUACGCAAAGAACGGUGACUUGCUACCGUACAUAAACAAAGUGGGCUCGUUCGACGCGGCUUGCACACGAUUUUACUCAGGUGAAAUCCUUCGUGCUCUAGAACACUUGCACGACCUGAACAUUAUGCAUAGGGACCUGAAGCCGGAAAACAUAUUGCUUGACCACAAUAUGCACAUCAAGGUUGCCGAUUUCGGGUGUUCAAAGAUACUCGAACAGCCCGAUGCUGUGGACAAUUCUAUUUUGAACAAAGAUAACCCUCGACAGCGGAGUAACAGUUUCGUUGGAACUGCUCAAUACGUCAGUCCCGAACUAUUAACUGAGAAAACGAUUUCGCCCAGUUCUGAUCUUUGGGCCCUCGGCUGCAUUAUCUACCAAAUGAUUGCAGGCUUACCUCCCUUUAGAUCUAGGAGUGAAUACAUGUUGUUUAAGAAAAUUCUGAACCUCGACUAUGUGUAUCCGGAUGGAUUCAAUGCAGACGCCAAAGAUCUGGUACAGAAACUGUUGGUGCUCGAUCCAAAUGAAAGAUUGGGUACUAAGGAUAAUCAACGGUACACUUCCAUCCGCUCACAUCCGUUCUAUAAUGGCUUGGAUUUUGACACGUUACAUGUAACAAUUCCACCUCCUAUAUACCCUUACCUACCUGGCAAUAGUGAAGGCCAAGAGCUUCGUAGCCAAUAUCGAGUUCCUGAUAAUUUGGAACCGGGCCUAGACGACAAACAACUUACCAGGUUAUUGGGUUUGGACGGCCAAAGUAGUUCCACUACCACCCCUGCACCUGUACCUAGACCCCGCAAACGGUCGGGUAUCCUUCAUAUGAACGACGAAGAAAAGCAACACCAACUACACCAGCAAAAGUGCAACAGCAAAUGGCAUAGUCUAGUAGAGGGAAAUUUGAUAGUCAAACAAGGACUAGUCGACAAGCGAAAAGGUCUUUUUGCCAGAAGACGUAUGUUGAUGUUAACGAUGGGUCCACAUUUGUAUUAUGCUGAUCCAGUAACUAUGACUUUAAAAGGAGAAAUACCUUGGAGUCCACAAUUACGCGUGGAACCUAAAAAUUUCAGGAUAUUUUUUGUUCAUACGCCCAACAGAACUUAUUACCUGGAGGAUCCUGAAGGUUUUGCGUUAGAAUGGUGUAAAGCAAUUGAAGAAAUGAGAGUUAACACAUAUGGUGUAUCUCCUACGACGUGCACUUAACAAAACUGUUAUUGAUAUGACUGUCUUUUUAGUAUAAUUUUGACAUACACUAAAAUUCUUUAAAUUAAAAAAAAUGUUUUUUAAUUACAAUAAUUA